GGGAGACAAAAUAUAGAAAUAUCAGUUUAUCCCAAAGUCUGACACAACUAAAUGGCAGUUUGCCACGUAGCAAAGGGGCGUGUUCUCAUGCAUUUACCGGAAACAUUUGGAGUGUACCUCAGCACAGCGCAGUUUAUUUUACUCAUUAAAACAGUCAUGACUGGUAGAGGAAGACCACGCAAGGCAAAGAGUCCUGACAUUAAGACAAAUCAAGGCAGAAGUCCAGGAAAAGACGUUACAGAAGUGAGGCAGAAUGGCACCACGAGGGAACAGAAACCAAAGGAGCAGAAAAAUAGAAACCGCACCAAAGGGAAGCCAUGUGUUCAGAGCCCACAAAAAGAAGACAGGAACCACUGCAAAGAGGUCGGCAAGCUGCAAAGGACACCUACAGAAGCUUCUGUACCAGGUGCAAAAACUAAAACACAGACGACAAAGGAUUGUUUUAUGGCCACUGAAGCAGAAACACAUGGUAAACAGGCAUCACCAGCAAAAUCACCAGACAAGGCACCAGAGAAGCAGCAAGAUGCACCGAAUGACACCACAGAGGUUUGUGUACCACAAGUUAACACUAAACACUGCGCAGAGAACGGCAAGCUACAAAGAAUACCUAUAGAGCGGCCUGUAAAAGGUGCAAAAGCCAAAACCUGUGCUGGGACCACAGAGCAGUCUGCAGAAGAGAUGACAAAGAUGCAGCCAGAGACCACAAAGGCCACAAAGACCACCAAAGCAAAAACAGGUGGUGGCAAAGCCAAAUCGCCAGAGAAGAUCAAAGACAAGGCACCAAGGAAGCAGCAAGGUGCCCCGAAAGAGACCCCAAAGGUUUGUGUACCACAUGUCAGGUGUAAAGAGAACACUGCAGUGGACUCUAUCCUCUCCACAACUCUGAAACAACUGAAGAUAAGGAGUAAUGAAAGAUCAGAUGCAUCGGAAGUCAUCAAUAAAAUAAUAAAAGAUAUCAUCAUGCAUCUGAAACAGAACACUGUCUGCUUUAAAGAAGUAGAAGAACCACUACGUACUGGAAGUUACUACGAAAAUCUAAAAAUUUCUAAUCCCGAUGAAUUUGACGUCAUGCUGCCCAUUCCUGUUGACCGUGUCGACAUUAAACCGUUCGGAGAGGAUGGAGCCUUUUACAGUGUGGCAUUAAAACGUGGCAGGAGCCCACUGCAAAAGUUUCAAGAGGACAGCACCUUAUCCGCGAGCAAAAUGCUCAAGGAGUUCAGGGAUGAAGUGAAGAAAAGUGUGAAGGGAUUUGAAGAAUGGGAAGUGACGAAAAAGAAAAAAGGCUGCCCUGCAGUGACCCUGAUCACCACAGUGAAAUCAAUCACCAUUUCACUGGACGUUGUUCUCUGUCUCAUGGUGAAAUCAAGCUGGCCACCUUUCACCAAAGAAGGCCUUAAAAUUGAGUCCUGGCUGGGAACCAAAGUAAAACAGAAUUACAAGCGCAUGUCUUAUUAUCUUGUUCCAAAAUAUGAAGGCAGCGGUAUGCUGGAAUUAGAUGGAGUGCUUGCUAAGGAUAUUUGGCGGGUUUCAUUCUCUCAUAUUGAGAAGGCCAUACUGAAGAAUCACGGAUCAGAGAAGACAUGCUGUGAAAAAGAUGGAGCACGCUGCUGCAGGAAGGACUGUUUGAAGCUCCUAAAACACCUCCUCGGACUGCUGAAGGAAAGGGACUCUUCAUUUGACAAGUUCUGCUCCUACCACGUCAAGACCACGCUCCUACACGCCUGCUGCUCCAGAACUAAAGACAGCGACUGGAGUGACUCUGGUCUAAGUCGCUGCUUUCAGCUGCUCCUGGAGGACUUCGUGGCCCAUCUGAGAAGUGGUAAACUCCACAACUUCUUCAUCCCAACUCAGAACCUGCUCUCUGGUCCAAGCCAGAAGAGUUGCAAUAGUCUGGCUCAUUGUAUGGAGGAGGAACGUGACAAGGGCUUUCCUAUUUUCAAAUAGGGAUACUUUGAUACUUUUUCGGUAUCAAAUGGCCUUUUUUUUUUUUUUUUUUAAAUUAUCCUAUUUUAUGUUCCUAAGAUUUCUUUCCCUUCUGCUGUCGUAUCAAAGAGGUAUUGCAUAUCCCUUAAUACUGAUCUGUAAAAUUCUGGUACAAUCUUAUAUUAAAUUGACCAAAUUGUUA